AUGUCUCAAAACAUCCCGAUUACUCGUCGUGCACGUAAAGCUCCUCAAGAGGAAGAGGAUGCUGCGAAGCUGAAAUUUGGCGAAGAUUUUGAGGACGAAGAGUUUCUGUUUAUUUCUGAAGUAGCACUCUUGUUGGAAAAGAUACCCCCGUCUCAAAAGAAUAAUAAUGUAUAUAGAAAAACUGAGGAAUUAGUAAAUACAUUUACAAGGUUUCAUAACGAUGAAUCAGUGCGUGAACUUCGAAAAACUUUGAUGAGACAUAAACUUCACAAGUAUGAAUUAGCACAGUUGGCAAAUCUAGUUUGUGAAGAAAUAGACGAAGCAAAAUCAUUAAUACCAAGUUUAGCUAAAAGAUCUGAUGAGGAAAUUCGCGCCAUGCUUGAUGAUAUUUCAGCAUUGAAAAA